AUGCAGUCUAAAAUUUCUGGACAAACCCAUAAACUAAAAUAAUAAGAAGCCUUUGACUUUUCUGAGUAAUAUUUUAAUUAGCAAGAACAAUAAGAAUAAAUCGGUGUAAUCAAAGAUUUAGCUGGAUAGGCAAUAAAUCAAAGCUUAACUCUUGCGAAACCAAAUCCUUUGGGUAAACCGAGGCUUGAUUAAUAUUAUAGAAUAGAAAGCUUUAUUAAUCAAGGCUCUCAAGCAAGGGUAUAUUUAUGCAAUUCUACCGACUCUACUGACAAUAAGUAAUACGUAUUAAAGCAUUACAAAUUGAAAUCUCAGGGAUAAUACGAAGUUAUCCUCUAAGAGAUAAAAUACCUUUAAGAUUUAAGAAUAUGCUAGAAUAUUAUCCAACUAAAGUCUGUGUAUUUAAGUGAAAGAUCGCUCUAUAUGAUUAUUGAUUAUGCUGAAUAGGGUGACCUUAAUUAAUAAAUAAGACAAGGUAUGAAAUUUGAUGAAGAGUAACUCAAAAUAAUAAUGAUUCAGUUACUUUUAGCUAUUGACUUAACACACAAAUUUUCCAUAAUCCACAGGGAUUUAAAACCAGAAAAUAUACUGUUAAUGAACUAGGAGACUCUAGAAAUCUAGAUUUCAGACUUUGGAUUAUCUUGCAACAAUGACGACUUCAAAAGAAAAACUUAAUAUUGUGGGACUCCCGGUUAUAUUGCCCCAGAAAUUAUUUAAGGGAAUGAAUUCGAUUACAAAAGUGAUAUUUUUAGUCUGGGAUCCGUUAUGUACUUUCUUAUUAAAGGUAGAUGUUUUUUCAAGGGAAUCAACAGUAGAGAAAGGCUUAUAGAUAAUUUACGAAGAGAUCCAAAGAAAAUAUAUAAAAGUUUAUCAGGAAUUGUUUCUGAGGAAGGAAUCAAGCUGUUAGUUUAAAUGCUCUCAGUAAAUCCUAAUACUAGACCUACAGCGGAGGAAUGUUUGAAAUGUCUAAUAUUGAACCGUAGGUCAUAAAAUAAUCACUUAUUGAGUAAUAAUUAAUAGACAGACGAUUUAAAAAUCAAUUACAAUAAAAUUGUUCGAACUUACAGAUAAGGAAAAAAUCAAAUAUAUCAGAAUAUGAGCAGCUUGAUUUCAACAAGCCCACUCUUGAAUGGAACAUAAACAGCAGAAUUAGCCCCUUCAGACUCUGUAAUUUAAAGUCGUAAAAAUAAAUCAAAACAAUACUAAAUUACUAAUGAUUUAAGCAAAAAUAACUUGGAAUUUACCUUUAAAAAAUAUUCUAAUAAUAUCGAUCCAGUCGAAGUACCUGAAAUCAUAAAAAAACCAGAGGUAUUUGAUGAAUAAGAAGGUAAUGUUUCAAUAGAUUAUUAUGAUGAUGAUAAAAAGUUUUUAAAUAACAUGGAUCGCUUGGCGAUAAAUGAAAUUUAAGAUGAUGACAGAUUAAUGUGCCUAAAAAAUCAGACUAGAUGUUUUAGAAUAUUUAUCUGA